AUGGUCAGAAAUUCAUGCAGUUCGGGAAAUAUCCUUGAAAACGAAAAAAAAUUCCAUCACGUAAAAUGUACAAAAAAAGCUAAAACAGUGAAUUCUAUGAUCAAGGAAAAGGAAUCUGUUAUUGAAAGCAGAGUAUCAGUAUAUCCUAUGUCGCAGAACAAUACAAUUGGCCCAAUGAAUCCUGAAAGAGCUUACAACAAUGUAACGCUGAAAAAUUUAACUGCAUUUCAGUUAUUAUCUCAAAGAGAAAACAUAUGCGAGUUAUUGAACUUGGUAGAAGGUACAGAAAGACACGAUAGUAUUAUCAAUCCUGAAAGACAAAGGACCAGUUUGGAAGAAAUGAAGAAAAUGCUCGAUACUUUGAAAAAUGAAAAGAAAAACUAG